CCACCAAACUUGAAGUGCGUGCGUCUUGCAUAUUACGCGUGCGCUGGCAAUUCAUUUCCACACCGUAGGGCGGCAAAGGCAUCCUCCAUGUCACGUCUGCCUCACGGCUUACCAUCCACUGGUGGCAUCAACGACUGGUUCGUCUUGACAUCCAUGUCAACGUUUGCAUCAAAACUGGGCACGAACUACUGCCCGACCGACGAUGAAUUCUCUCAUAUUCAAAAACUAAUCGAGGAGCCAUUGAAGAGCCUGCACCAGCUGGACGCUCGGAUUUUCGAUCUUCAAAAGGCAUUGAAUGCUUUACUCGCAGAACGGGAUACCAUCACAUCAUUCAUCGAGUCUCACAAAUCUCUGCUUGCGCCGAUUCGACGACUACCGGUGGAGGUUCUCCAGGAGAUAUUUGUUGCCAGGCUUAGAGGAGCUGUCGAUGCAGAAUAUCCAAACCAUCUCAGACAACGCCAUUCUCGAGUUCAUCCUAGCCCGCAUUCCGACACUGAAAGUUGCACGCUUCGAGUUUUUCCGCGCUCCAUCACAGGACUCUCACCUAGUCCAACACAUCCGAUGAUCGUCUCAAGCGUGGAAAGCGGACAGCUAGACCUCCUCUUAGAAUACCCUCCGCAUCCCGUCUAUGAACCAGGACCGUCAGACGAAAUCAAGCAGGUCUGGGAGGGCUCUUUUUUCGCAGAGGAUGAAUAG